AUGGCUCCAAAGGGACCUUACAAAUUGUGUACAGUCAACACAGUUCCGGAACGAGCCAAGCGGGUGGUUGGUCGGCUCAUUGAAGAUGUAAAGGACACCUAUACCAUCACUCAUGUUGAGAAUGCUGAAAGGCUAGAGGAUGUAAAGUCGAUGUGUGAAAGGAACCAUCCAGAUAUUUUGUUUGCUGCAUCAAUGUGGACCCAGGAAGAGAGUGAUGAGAUCCAAAGAAUAGCGAGGGAAACGGUGCCUGGCAUCAAGACGAUGGCCAUUCCUCAGGGCCUCCAAGUCGAGAAGGGGCCCGACGGUGUCGUUGAGUUCUUGAAAGAAAGGUGGACAAGCUUGAUUGAAGUAUAG